AUGAGUGAAAGAAUGGAAUCGAGUAGCAUUGAGAGCAGCACUGUAUCGUCGAUGACUAUGAUGGAGGAGGAUGAGCAUCCUCAUCAGUUUUCUUCCAUCUCGAAGCUGCAUAAAAAUGGCCCCACCACUACCAGUGUUCAUGACCUUCUUGAAUGUCCCGUCUGCACCAACUCUAUGUACCCUCCAAUCCAUCAGUGCCACAACGGGCACACACUUUGUUCUACUUGCAAGACAAGGGUACACAACCGAUGCCCAACUUGCAGGCAGGAGCUCGGUGAUAUAAGGUGUUUGGCAUUAGAGAAGAUAGCAGAAUCACUUGAACUUCCUUGCAGAUACAUCUCUCUUGGGUGUCCGGAGAUAUUUCCUUAUUACAGCAAACUCAAACAUGAGGCUAUUUGUAACUACAGACCAUACAACUGCCCUUAUGCCGGGUCAGACUGCUCCGUGGUUGGGGAUAUUCCAUGCCUUGUUGCUCAUUUAAGGGAUGACCACAGGGUUGAUAUGCAUUCUGGAUGCACUUUCAACCAUCGCUAUGUCAAGUCUAAUCCCAUGGAAGUAGAAAAUGCUACAUGGAUGCUAACGGUUUUCCACUGUUUUGGCCAAUAUUUUUGCCUCCAUUUUGAGGCCUUCCAGCUUGGCAUGGCUCCCGUCUACAUGGCUUUCCUCCGAUUCAUGGGUGACGAAAGAGAAGCCCGGAACUACAGCUACAGUUUGGAGGUGGGUGGAAAUGGACGGAAGCUAACUUUUGAGGGGAGUCCAAGAAGCAUUAGAGAUAGCCAUAAGAAAGUCAGAGACAGUCAUGAUGGUCUCAUAAUUUACCGCAACAUGGCGCUUUUCUUCUCAGGUGGAGACAGGAAAGAGUUGAAGCUACGGGUAACAGGAAGGAUAUGGAAAGAACAGCAAAACCCUGAAGGUGGAGUGUGCAUACCCAACCUGUGUAGCUAG